AUGGAAACACUGGUUGUCUACGCGCGGUGUGGGCAUUUGGAGGAAUCGAGAAGGAUCUGUGAUGCAUUGCCAGCCAAGAACAUUGCGUCGUGGACGGCGCUCGCGAGUGCGUAUUGCGAGAGUGGGCAUCCGGGCGAGGCCAGGGCAGCGUUCAAUCGAAUGGCGGUGCGGGAUGUAGUUUCUUCCACUGCGAUGGUCAAGGCGCUGGGCGAUUGCGGGCGGAUUGGAUCGAGCAAGGUGGUGUUUGAUGCGAUGCCCGAGAGGAACUGCAAGACGUGGGCGACGCUGCUGCGGGGAUUUGCUCGCGGUGGAGAGAUUGGGCGAGCGAGAGAGGUGCUGGAUUGGAUGCCCGAGACGAAUGUGGUAGCGUGGACGAUCCUCGUGCAGGGUUUCGUGCAGCGCGGGCGAGUGGGCGAUGCGACGGCCGCGUUUGAUUCCAUGCCCGAGAAGAACAGCAUCACUCGCGCGGUGAUGCUCGUCAUGUUUGCGGAGAAUGGAUUCAUGGAGGAGGCGGAGGAUGUCUUCCAGGAGAUUGUCCACCGAAACGCGAUCCUCUGGGGGGCGAUGCACUGCUGCUAUGCCCAAAAUGGGGAUUUGAUUCAAGCCAAGAGUUUGUUUAAUAGGAUGCCUCUGCACAGCAUGCUUUCGUGGACGAUUAUGAUCAAGUCAUACGCACAAAAAGGUGACGCUGAUCAAGGAAAACAAUUGUUUGAAGAAAUGCCACACAGAGAUCUUGUUUCAUGGAACUCGAUAAACGCUGUUUAUGCCCAGAGAGGUCGUUUCAAAGAAGCUAUACGAGCGUUUUCUUUGUGUUGCUGCUGGGAUUCCUAUUCAUGGAACACAAUUCUCGUGCAUAUGCCCGGACCGGCCAUGCGUAUUCUGCGAUCCAGCUCUUUUGGGCGAUGUUUCUUCACGGCUUUGAUCACGGCAAUGAGCUUUGACAAUGGAUUGGGCCCUUCGCAAGACCACUACACCUGCAUUGUUGAUGCUCUAGGACGGCUAGGGCAAUUGGAAGAGGCCGAGGAUGUCCUGGAGAAUAUGCCUUUGCCAGCUGAUGGAGUUUCAUGGGCAACGUUUCUUACCGCGUGUAAAAACCACGGGUAG